AGUUUUCAAAAUAUGAAGACGGCGGCAAAAAACCAGGUUCAAAAACUUGCCCUAAGACAGGUUUGUGGGAGUUUGCAGCCGUUUUCGCGCUCAAAUCCUGUUCGCUUGUUCACCAAAUAUUCCCAAAAAUGCUGCUUCAAACUUAGCGACAUUUUGGAUAAAAAAGGAGAAAUACGAGAUGGGCAUGUUAUUUUAGGGUUCACGAAAGAUGGCACACAUCUUAUAUCUUACAGUUUGGUAAUAGAUACAAGGCUCGAGUUGCCGCAACCUGUUUAUACAUAUACCCUACACUGGUGGAGAUUCCAGUAUUCUAAACCUCUUUUCAAGGUCCAGAGUGCUACUUUGUUUUAUGACCAGCCUAUCUCCCAUGCUCUCCACCUCAUUGUGUCACAGAGUCCAGAUGAAAAACAAGUCAUUGUAUGGGGUAGAGGUCCAACAAGUAAAGAAGAACAGACUUGCAGAUGUUAUGUAACUGUUUGUGCUGCUCCACCAAACAAACCAUGUGAUAAGUGCAAAGCAUAUUCAAACAAGCCAUGCCACGAACAUUCAUAUUCUGCUCAUAUUAUGUAUGAUUCACUUCCUCCUUAUCCAGUCUUCUUACCUUCUAUUUGUCUACAAAUUCCCGGUACCGUGUUCUUCAAUUCUGGGGAUUCUUUGAUUGCCUUUAAGUGUGUUCCAUGUGUUAAUGAUUUUGAAGUCGAGAAUGCAAUUCAUGAAUUUAAAAAUUCACAUCAACUGCCAGGAGAUUUAUCUGGACAUGGGCCAAGCGAGGUUGAAGAAAUCCCAACCAUACAAAAACAGAUGGUGAGCGACGACAAUAACGACACUGACUGCAUAAAUUUGAGGGAAGGGAACAAAGAAGAUGUUGAUUAUGGCAACGGAGAUGAGCCAUGUAAGACAAAAAAGGACAGUAUUUGUGAACUAGAGAGUUUGACAACAGGACUAAUCAUAGAACAACAUGAUAAAAAUAGGAAUCGUACACCACCACUGGUCCCUAGUGUUUCCCCACGGUCAUCAUUAAUGCCGUCACCAAAUACAUCACCCAUGUCAUCCUUUGGAACUAUACUGAGCACCACAGAAUCUCGACUUAGUUGUGAUUCCCUUACGACAUAUUCAUAUCGUAAGUUUACUACUCCAUGUGAUGUACAGGAUAAUUCAUUUGACACAUCUGAUGAAACGGUUGAAGUACCAGCCUUGGUAAUGCAUGGUACGCAAGAACUAGAAAGUGUCAUAUACUCAGAACACAAAGGGCCAAAUUCAUCUAGUGGACCUUCAAUUUUGGUCUGUCAGGCAUUGCUAGAUAUGGAACAGUGUAUCAGUGAACUCAUCGCAUCCAAUGAGGACUUGUACCACAGGUAUAAAUCAUUACGGGAUUAUGAUUGUCAGUUUUUAGGUGUUUGUGAAGAUACUGGUGAUGUAAUAGUGAUGGUGAAGAUACUCAUGUUUGCUAAACCAACUAGAAGUUCUCUGUCUGAUGGCCUUCAAGUUAGCCCAAGCCCUCUACUCCAGCAAACUGGAUUUGUCUUUUCCUGGAAUGUGUGGAAUGGUACUUUACAGACUCUAUACUGUCUGGAAACACAAGACCACCCACAGGGAAAGAGCCUGUCAAGAUCUGAGUCAACCGUAGAAUAUGCAAGGUCUUUAAGGCAAGGCACCACGGUUCCUGUAGGCUUUUCAUCUCAAGUUCGAGUGUUUUCUAACUACACUGUUUUCACCGAGAAAUCCUUGAAGUAUCUUCUUCAUCCUUUUUUGCCUAUUAUUAUUAUUCUGUGAGCGAUUAUGGUUUUCUUAGGCUUCUAAAAAUUAUGUAGAUGUAGAUGUUCAUUUACUUGCAGAAUAUUUCUUUUCAUAUUGUGUUGUUUCACGAUACUUAAAUCAUAAGGUAUAAGAAACCAUAAAUGCAGUUCUGAUCCACUUCUGGAUAAAUUCAUUCAUUCAACUAACUCUCAAGCCUCCGAUGGUGCCAAGGGAGGCAACCAGAGUAGGAACGACUGUACCAGUGCCGCACUUCAAUUUUAUUAACUAUACAACAAGAAUUAAUGACAAAUUUUAUAAAAGAAAGCAUUUUAAUUCUAAAUCACCAACAACACCAAGAAUUUACGGUCUAAAAUUUGCACAGUUAACAUUCUACAUCAUUAAUUUUUGUAUGAAAAAUUGUGUUAUCUUACCAAUGCAAUUUUAAUAUUAUGUAGCAUUAUUAAUAUAUUCUUAAGGACAAUAAUGUUUAUAAUUGCUACUGGUGCUUGAUUUGUUUUAGUACUUUAAAUAAAUUAUUCCAUUUGUAUUGUUUUGAAUUGAAGUGUUUUACAUUUUCCCUCACAGAAACAGUUUAAUUGCUUACUAUCAAUCAUGUGACUUUUUGGAGUUGACUGGGGGGCAAACAAGCGGUUGACUGAGGGGCAACUAGCGG